AUGGACUACACCAUGGAGGACACCCAGAACUCCGCUCCCGACGAGCUCGAAGCUACCAAGCUGAACCCCUCUGGCCAACGACCGGAGACGCAGAGCGUCACCAAGCGACUCCAGGCUGAGCUGAUGCAGCUCAUGCUCUCUCCUUCGCCUGGUAUCUCUGCGUUCCCCGAUGCAGAUGGCAACCUUCUCUCGUGGACAGCCACCAUCACCGGCCCGACCGAGACUCCCUAUGAAGGCCUGAACUUGAAGCUCUCCUUCGCCUUCCCCAACAACUACCCAUACUCUCCGCCCACCGUUCUUUUCAAGACUCCCAUCUACCAUCCCAAUGUCGAUUUCUCCGGUCGUAUCUGCUUGGAUAUUCUGAAGGAUAAGUGGAGUGCGGUGUACAAUGUCCAGAGCGUCCUUUUGAGCCUGCAGUCUCUUCUGGGCGAGCCCAACAACGCGAGUCCGCUCAACGCCCAAGCUGCUGAGCUCUGGGACAGUAACCAGGAAGAGUUCAAGCGCCACGUUCUUGCCCGACACCGUGACCUCGACGAUGAGUAA